AUGCACGCCGCACCUGAUUCGCCCGUCACCGGGCCGUCAGAACCACUGGGGAUCACGUCCCCCCUGAGGAUGGACGACGGGUGGCACGACGACGACGAUGACGACGAGUUGGCUGGCAGGCCAAAACGUCGGACCUGUGCCGAAGCGCUGACGAUGAACUUGGAGACUCUGAUGGUGAAGUAUUGUCCAGUUUGCCCAUCUAUAACCAGCAGCAACAAAUUGAGCAGACACAUACUCAACAAACAUCCAGAGUCUCCGAGGAAGCCGAAGAAGGUCCACUUGAAAUCCAUAGUUCAAAAAAUCACGGCUGCGUCGAGAAAAUUGUAUUCGGUCGUCCCGAUGUCGGCCAUCAAGCAGACGCUCGGGGCGUAUUGGGAUGACAGAAACUACCGGAGCAUCGCCCACAAACUCACGGUCAUGUUAAGGAUGAAGGUGUAUGGCGGGUCGUGGGACCUUCCCGGCGUCACAGUAGCACCACAUCCUUUCGCGGACGACCUCGUCCAAGUGGAAGACGAUGCUCCCGAAGCGUUCUUCCCGACGCUCCCGAUGUCGGACUAUAGAUGGCCAGCCAAUUCGGCGCCCAAAGCUCCGCACGCCUUGAUGGGAAUGUCCUCCGCUCCCGCAGCCGCCUCUGCCUCCCUCUCCGCCGCCACCGCCCUCGCCUCCACCUCUGCCACCCCCGACACCAUUCAGGCCACCCCCAAGCUUCCAACCGUCAGAAAGGCCGUCCAAGAAUCGGGGCUUAAUAGACAGCUUCCACGGAAUCACACUCUAAUCCUAAUGUUUAUGAACACGCUGUCAUUGAGCCACGGUGAAGAGUCUUCGGCGGCUGACAAUUACAUUGCGAAUAUUUCGAGGGUGUUGAUGUACGUCCAUCAACAUCUGGUGGACACAAAGUUCCCUCCGAGGCAUUGGUCGGACUUGGUGUCCACAGAUGUUCAACCAUAUAUGGAGUAUAUAAGGAGGCGGGAAGAGUUAGGCCAGACCAAUCCCACAACUAUAAAUUACUUGAAAAACAUCAGGCUGCUGUUUUCGUAUGUCAUCCGUGCAUACGUAUACGAGGACCCCAGCUUCCCAGUCAGUUUUGAUCAAUCCCCGUGUUCGGAAACGAUCACGCGGAUCAAACUGCUGGACCAGAAGCUGGAGCUCGUAUAUAAACGCACAACGAAGCAGCAGCCUCAAGAGCUCUUCAGCCGGAAGACGCAAGAGGCGAGGACUAUGCCCCAAUACUCUGACGUAGUCAAGUGCAUCGGGCAAAUUGCCCAGGCGUUGCAGCACUCUGAUCGGACUGCCGGACAGUAUUACCGGCUGCCAGACGCGAAAGAAGCCCUGAGACGGAACAACAAUAUACAGGUGGUAGACUACACCGCAAUGGUAAAGAGCUAUGUCGACAAAAAUUUCGAAGACAUGUUCCCGCUUCAGACCUACGCUAAAUUCAACUGUGAUGACUGGUUAACGAGAAUAAGAGAGUCUGACGUCUGCAGGGAAUACCCCUCUGCGAAGAUAGACUCCCAUUACGUCAACCAGCUCGGGGAGAGGUUUGACUUUGCGGUGCUCCAGGGGCGAUGUGACAUCCUGUUGCAGGAGGUUAUCCGGGCAGGGUACAAUAAAAACAACAUUUCCGAACACGCAAUUAUCGACGUAGCCAAGCAGCGGAAAAUAGGAUAUUUUCUGAGGGACGUGAGGUGCCGUAAAAAGAUCGUCGCGAAAAUAAAAGCGGCAGUGUAA